GUUUGUUUUUAAGAUGGGAAAGCUUAUUUCCGUGGUACAGGUGAUGCGGGCCGGCGAGGCUCGGCUACAUGCAAAUCCGGAGAGCGCGGUCUGCCUUUCGCUUUAAAAGGUUCGGAUUCUGCCGGUCAUCUGAUCCAGGUCAGCGGGACUUUCCUCAGCAGCAGCCCUGCAGCCCCUCGGCCGGGAGCCCCCCGGCUGUGCAUCCCUACAGGACCGGGAGGUAAAAUCACUCCGGAUCGCUCUCGCGUUCCUCUCGCUUUCCACCGCGGGGGUGAAGGAAACCAUUGGGAUUUGCAGGGGUUCCAUCAGGCAGCACCGAUUCCUGAUGCCGCUACGGUGCCCCCCACCCCCGCUCCCUCCCCACGGCCCCUGAGACCCCCGGGGCCUGUUGAGGACGGCGGUGUGGGGCCCUCCCCUUCUGGCAGAGGCCGGCACUCGUCCCCCCAUGGGCUGCCCUGCAGCAUGAGCACCAACGCUGAGCACCUCCCACCGUGGGCCGCUUCCGCGGUGCCCCCCAACGCCAGUGCAGCCUGGAUGGAAGGGCCACCGGCACGGGGCGGACGGGUGGGCGAGCUGGCGGGCAUGGUGGUGAUCCAGUGCAUCUACGCCCUGGUGUGCCUGCUGGGGCUGCUGGGCAACUCGCUGGUCAUCUUUGUCAUCCUGCGCUACACCAAGAUGAAGACGGCCACCAACAUCUACCUGCUCAACUUGGCCAUCGCCGACGAGCUCUUCAUGCUCAGCAUCCCCUUCGUGGCCACCUCGGCCGCCCUGCACCACUGGCCCUUCGGGCGGGCGCUGUGCCGCACCGUGCUGGGCGUCGAUGGCCUCAACAUGUUCACCAGCGUCUUCUGCCUGACGGUGCUCAGCCUGGACCGCUACAUUGCCGUGGUGCAUCCGCUGCGGGCGGCCACCUAUCGCCGUCCACGGGUGGCCAAGAUGGUCAACGGGGCCGUCUGGCUCCUCUCCUUGCUGGUGGCCUCACCCAUCCCCAUCUUCGCCGGCACUGCAGUCACCCGUGAUGGCCAAGCGGUGGCUUGCAAUCUGCUAUGGCCUAGCCCAGCCUGGUCGGCGGCCUUUGUGGUGUACACCACACUGCUGGGCUUCCUGCUGCCGGUGCUGGCCAUGGGGCUGUGCUACCUGCUGAUCGUGGGCAAGAUGCGGGCCGUGGCGCAGCGGGUGGGCUGGCAGCAGCGCCGGCGCUCUGAGGGCAAGCUGACACGCCUGGUGCUGAUGGUGGUGGCUAUGUUUGUCAUCUGCUGGAUGCCCUUCUACGUGGUGCAGUUGGUCAACCUUCUGCUGCCCGGCCGCCUCGAUGCCACCGUCAAUAACGCCUGCCUGAUCCUCAGCUACUCCAACAGCUGCGCAAACCCCAUCCUCUACGGGUUCCUCUCGGAAAACUUCCGGCACUCCUUCCAUGGUGUGCUGCGGCGCUGCCUCGAUGCCAGCCUCUGCUGCUGCCCACCCGAGGCGCGGGCUGUUGGCGAUGAGGAGGAGGAGGAAGAGGAAGAGCCCCUGGAUUACCGCGCCGUGCCCCGAAGUGACCCCAAGGGCAAGGGCUGCAUGUGCCCACCACUGCCCUGCCAGCAGGAGCCCGUGCGCCCCGAACCCUGCUGCAAGCCUGGCACCCUCCUGGCAAAGACCACCACCUUCUAAGGUGCCCUCUGAAGCCCUGCAAAUAGGGUGCUGGGUGAGGAGGGCCACACUGCCCUCCCUUUAGGAACAGAAUGCUUUUCCGAUGACUUUGCCCCCAUUUCUGCUGGGGUGUCCCCCUGGCAUUCUCCACUCCUCGACCGCGCUGUGCAGCCUGAUGAAAUAAAAAGCCAUAACGCUGGCCCGUGACACAGCUCCCAGCCUUGGCUGAGUGAUUAUUGCCACCAGGGAGCCCCCAGGCUAAUGGCUGGGUUCCACCCCAGGGAGGAUGCAGGACGGGAGGGCGGAUGGGAGAGGGCCGAUGGGAGAGGCCAUGGGCACAGAGGGGACCCACGUGCAGCCCCUGGGGACAUGAGGUCACCGGCACGGCACGGCCCAGUCUCUGCUUCUGCAUGGGACCCUGCCAGGGUUCCACCAGCAUUUCCCACCAUUUCAUCCGUGCCCGGGCAAAAAACAGGCUGGGAAAAAAGCCACCUGCCAAAUGGAACUGCAGCUUUGAGUCCUUAACAGGUGCCCACCUUGAGUCUCUCCCCUCAUCUUACAGGGAAAGGAAAAACUUUCCACAAGGGUCUACAAAUAAAAAAAAAUCCCACAUCCCCUCCCCAAAUCCCCAGGCCGAGGGACCAAACCGAUGCUUUCCAGCAGGAAGGCUGUGCUGCAGAGAAGCAUCGCCCUCAAGGGCACUUUGAGCACAGUUGUGGGAACUGACGAGCAGCGCUGGAGCUGCACCGAACAGUGUUAAAUCAGCCACUUUCAGCUUGUUUGGGUUGAGCGUCGUCCUUUUCGUGUUAUUCCCCUUCUCCACUAUUUCUGGCUCAUUCGUUCUAUUUUAAUGCUGCUGGUGAAGGGCACCCUUUCAGCACAACUCUGCUAACCAACAGCUCUGCUUUGCUUCUGGGGAGCCCGGCAAAGGGCUGAGAGGUGCUUGGGGGGGAAGGAAGGGGGGUCAGGCUGCAAGGAGGGAAGGAAGAACAGCUCGUUCCCAGGUUUCUAUAAAUCAGACGGUAAAAGCUUUAUUGGUCUGCACACAACAUCACGAGGUGAUUGCGCGUGGCGUAGGGUAUAUUUCCAACAAAUAAAUAAGUAUUUACACAUGUGCUGGGUGUAUAAAACAGUGGGUUCAACAAUUUACAUGAGGAAAGAGACAACUGGGGCAGCAUGGAGCUGGCGUUCAUCUCAGGGCCUGCUGCAUUGCUCAGUGCCUGAGGGGCACAGAUAUCCCCCAGCUCUGAGCCCAACAUCCCAUCCAGAAAGCUUGGCACUGAGGCUGCCUGCUCGGGCCAGCACUGACAACCCCGGGGGCUGUUUCAGGGAUCUCCCCCAUUCCAACUCUUUCUGCACCCCCCCCGCCCCCAACCCCCCAUUUAUCCUCCAGGCUGCACCUGCAAAGCAGGCAGCAAGGUCUGGAACACAAACAUCACCAGGAAGUUUUGCCAUCAACUUCCACACAAAUUAAACUCAGCCGUGGAUGAAAAAUUAAAAAGGAAAAAAAAAAAAAAAA